GGACAGGCGCGUCGGUUACAAACUUAACUUAGAAUGCGGUGCGGUUCAAAACUGCUCUGCUCGGCUCUGUUUUGAGAAGAAGAAGAAAAAAAAGGCAAGACAGAGGACGUGGUGCGGUUAGCGCCCUCUCUCUCUCCCUCUCCGGCGAGACACAACUCCGGCCGGCAGCAAAACCACACACGCGCAUCCUCCAGUCCAGGACUCCAGGUCCAGAUUGGUCGGCGGCGUGGAUGCGGAUGCCAGGGACGGACUGAAGAAGAAGAAGAAGAAGAAGAAUCAGGCAGCAAAUGGGGAACGUGUUGGAGUCGCUGGUGUCGGGCUUCACCAAGGUCCUCGCCGACCUCCUCUCCAAGCCCAUCCACUUCCUCUCCGGCAAGGCAUGCAGGUCAUUACCUACUUCUACAUUCAUUCAUUCAUUCAUUCAUUCAUUCAUUGAGUUUCCCCUUCUUCUACUGACCGCCAACCUCUCCUCUCCUCGCCGGCCAUGGCAUGGCAGCACGGCCUGCGGCCCGAUGUGGGACGUCUUCUGCUACGUCGACAACUUCUGCGUCGCCAGCCUCGCCAAGACCGCCGCCACGCUCUUCCUCCUCUACCUUGUGCUGCUCUUCUUCUACGUCGUCUGCAAGCUGGGCAUAUGCCGCUGCGUCUGCCAUGUCAUCUCCAAGAUCCUCUGCUCCUGCCUCUCCUGCUCCUCCUCCGCCUGCAAGCACGGGUGCGCGCGCCUCUGCAACAAGAUGAGGAGCAUCAAGCGCCAACGGCAGAGGCGACCGAGAAGAAGGCGCCCACGCCAUGACAACGACAUUGAACAAGGGCACUUCAGCCAGAGCGACAGCGACUCCCCAGAGGACACCACCACCACCACUUGGCAUAGGCACGGCGAGUCUGAAAGAUCGUCAAUGUCAAGGAGGAGGGUCUAUCUGGAGAGGUCCCUGAGGCCCAGGAACCACCGGGUCACCGUCGGCGCCAGCCGUCACUCCGACAUCAGCAUCAAGGAGGGGAAGGAGCCCAGGGUGAACCACAGGCAUGAUGGGAGUGACCAUGGCAUCAAGGUGACCCACACCUCGCGGUUCGCGCGCAAGGCCAGUGGCAAGAUAAGAAACAGCAGAGCAUAG